CCUGCCUUGACUUGUUUGUCUUGGUGAAAGGGACAAAGUGAGCAAAGUGAGAAAGGACCUACUUGCUGUGAAUUUCAACAUCAGCGAGAGCAGGAAGGCUCUUCCUCCCUCCUCUUCCUCCUCUCAGGGGCUGCUCAUGGAGGGACAGACAUCCCCUUCAGACUGUUCUGACAUCAUUGACCACAGCCACAUCCCUGAGUUUGAAGUGUCUCUUUGGAUCAAGAUCACUUUGGCCUCAGUGUACAUCUGCAUCUUUGUUGCGGGCAUCUUGGGCAACAGCAUCACCAUCAAAGCCACGAGGAUCCUGCAGAAAAAGGGCUACCUGCAGAAGGAGGUCACAGACCACAUGGUAAGCCUGGCCUGCUCCGACCUCCUGGUCAUCCUGCUGGGCAUGCCUAUGGAGUUCUUCAGUGCCAUCUGGAGUCCCUUUUCCACUCCCAAUGGCAACAUGGCUUGCAAGCUUUACUACUUCCUCUUUGAAGCCUGCAGUUAUGCCACUGUGCUGCACGUUGCCACCCUCAGCUUUGAGAGGUAUGUGGCUAUCUGCCACCCCUUCAAGUUCAAGGCUGUCUCUGGACCCCGCGCGGUGAAGCUGCUCAUCGCCUUUGUCUGGGGGACAUCUGUCAUAGUGGCCCUGCCCCUGCCCUUUGCCAUGGGCACAGAAUAUCCCCUGGAAACCAUCAAGGAUUAUCAAAGUGCAACUGCCUGCGUCAAACCUGUGCCCAGUCACCACCUCCCUGAGCUGAAGCAAAAUAUGACCAUCUGUACCAGUCUUUCCUCCAAGUGGUCUGUCUUCCAGGCCAGCAUCUUCAGUGCCUUUGCUGUGUACAUCAUAGUACUGGGCUCUGUCACCUUCAUGUGCCGCAGCAUGAUGAAAACCCUGAUGAUCCACACCGAAGGAACUGUGGCAGUCAAGGGCGGAUUAAGACACCAGGAGCAGUACCUAAGGAAAAGUGAGAGCUCGGAGGGCAAGAGCUCCAGGAGACAGAUCAUUUUAUUCCUGGGACUGAUUGUUGCCACUCUGGCCAUAUGCUGGAUGCCCAACCAGGUCAGAAGGAUCAUGGCCGCUGCCAAACCAAAGCAGGAUUGGACCAUCUCCUACUUCAGAGCGUACAUCACUCUUCUUCCCAUUGCCGACAUCUUCUUCUACCUCAGCUCCGUGGUGAACCCCCUCCUGUACACCAUCUCCUCCCAGCAGUUCCGCAGGGUGUUCCUGCAGCUCCUCCGCUGCCGCCUGACGCUGGAGCACGCCAACAAGGAGAAGUUCCUCAGGGCCAACCUGAGCUCCCGAAUGAGGAGCAGCCGGUCUCUGCGCCCUCUCCUCAUUUCCUCUAGGCGCAAUUCUUCUACAAAGAGCAAGAACAAAGUUUUCUUAAGUACUUUUCAGGGCGAAGCUGGGCCCGAGUGCAGCCCACAGAGCCCAGGAGCAGUGCCGCCAGAGGGGGGCUCGGAGUGCCAGCCCCACACGCAGAACGGCCUCUGUGAACACCAAGUGUGACUUCAUAAGGCAGAGUUACAGAUCAGCGAGGAACUUGAAAACAUGGACAUUGAAAUGACUGAGGAAUUGACUACCUCUUAAAAGGAAUAACACAGAUGGGUUUGUUUCCAGUUAUGCAAAAAGAGCAGGAGUUCUGUAUCCCGCUGCUGGGAUUUUUUAGUGCACACUGGAAAUUCAAUCUGCUAACCCAACGCAUCAGCUGCCAAAAAUACCAGCCCCUCUCUCCCCACAA